AUGGCUCUGAGUGGCUGCAAACAGGGCACGUCUGAGGGCGUCAUGGAGUACUAUGGCCACUUGUCGAAGGUAUGGAAGGAGUACAUACAGUAUGCACGAGUACCAAGGUGUAUAUGUGCGGGUUGUACGUGCAACAUAGCGAAGCAGGUGGGGGACAUUCAUGAUGAAGAUCGUCUGCACUAUUUCUUAAUUGGUCUAGAUGACCACUAUGAAGCCAUUCGUGCACAACUGUUAGCAAGAUCACUGUUUCCAGGCCUCGACGAGGCGUACCAGACGGUUAUGAAUACCGAGACCAUGCGCGCCAAGGCAACGAGAGGUCCGGAGAGUGUCAUGGCUUUCAAGGUCGAGACUAAGCCUCGGUCGAGGUCGGGAGAUGCGAGUGACAGAUUUUGUGGUCAUUGCAACCGUGAGGGUCAUGAGGAAGAAACUUGUUAUCAGCUGAUUGGAUUUCCCGAAUGGUGGGAUGAGAAAAAACGAGGUGGAAGAGGGCCUGGUCGAGGAGGCAGGGCGUCGGUUAGAGGAGGCAGAGGAGCUCGUGGGGCAGCAUCGUGGACUAGUGGUGUCGCUCGUGCCAAUGCCGUGAGCAAUGCCACAGGAGGGGCGACAACCCCUGUGACGAGUGGAGGCGGAUCACAGGGAGCAGUGACGACAACCAAUCAUGAGCUUGUUGGUGUGACGAAGGAGCAAGUCCAGCAAAUUGUUGACAUCUUGUCACGACCACCAAAAAAGUUGCAAGGUAAUCUUGAUUUACGAUGGAUUGUUGACAGUGGGGCCUCACGUCAUGUGACUGGUGAUAUUUCAAUUCUGAGAAAUAUCAAAACAUCAAGAAAUCAACAGGUUGUGUUACCAGACGGUCAACCUGCAAAUUCAAAUCAAUAUGGUUCGUUUAAUCGAUCCCUGAGAGUUGUUCGCAGUGACAAUGGUACUGAGUUUAAUUGUUUGCAAGGUUAUUUCCUUAAAAAUGGGAUUCUGUUUGAGUCGUCGUGUGUUGGGACACCUCAACAGAAUGGGAGAGUCGAGAGGAAACACCAACAUAUGUUGAAUGUCGGGAGAGCGUUACGGUUUCAAGGGAAUCUUCCUAUAAAAUUUUUGGGGAAAUGUAUUAUGGCUGCUUGUCACUUGAUCAAUCGUACACCUACACCGGUCCUUGGCAAUAAAACCCCUUAUGAGAUGUUAUUUGGAAAACCACCAUCGUAUGUGUCUAUCCGGGUAUUUGGGUGUCUGUGUUAUGCGUAUAAUCUCCGGAGUAAAGGGGAUAAGUUUGCGUCUCGUGGUCGCAAAUGUGUGUUUCUGGGUUACCCGUUUGGCAGGAAGGGAUGGCAACUGUACGACCUAGAGACACACGAGUUCUUUGUCUCAAGAGAUUGGGGUUUGGAUGAGAGUGGGACUGGAUGUACUCAGGAGGUGUCGCUUGCAGGUGACAAUGAGGAAGUGUCGUCACCUGCAGGUGCCACGGAGGAGGUGUCGUCGCCUGCAGGUGACACGGAGGAGGUCUUGUCGACUGUGAGGGAGGAAGAACAACAUGAUACACCUAGUCGAGUGGAAUCAAACGUCGUCUCAGGUGUAGAUGAGACGACGGGUAGUGAUGAGAGUGAGACAAGGCAGGGAUCAUCAGGAGGAAGGGUUGGACUAUAA